AUGGCCUUCGAUGCGGCAGUCGCAUCUGUCACCCUGACGGGCAGCAUACUUUCGUUCCUCGCGACAACAGGUGUAUUAAUUUCUUUCGUUCUCUACCAUGAACAUCAGCGAUCUUUCCGCCAUGCCCUCGUGCUGAACCUGACGUUGGCCGAGUUCAUAAACUCACUUGGCAACACUAUUUCAGGCAUCAUCUACAUCAAGAACAAAGAACUUCAACCGGGCGCAGCAUGUGUGCUCAACGGCAUGGUCGGCCAGCUGUCGGUGCAAGCGUCCGACUUCUCUAUCCUCGCCAUCGCGGUCGUCACCUUCCUCACUAUAACACGGAAAACCUACAUGCCGAAUGCGUCAACCUUCCGAAAGGUCAUGAUAUGCCUCUCCGUCUGGAUCGUACCGCUCAUCACCAGCACGACAGCGACUCUUAUGGGCACUAUGAAACCCGUGAGCGGCAACUGGUGCUGGAUAACCCGAGAACGGCCCGAUCUUCGAUACGCACUAACGCACGGCUGGCGUUUCGGCAUCAUCUUUACCACGAUCCUCAUUUACCUCUAUGUCUGGUGGUACCUUGGACGACACUUUCGCACAAUGGUCAGCACAUCCGAUCCGUUGUACGAUAGCGGAAACUCGAAUGGCAAUGUCGUCACAUCAUCGAUACGGAAGAAGCAGGGAUUCGAGUCGAUACAUACUCCCGAGCUAGAGAUGGACCAGUUCGAGCGAGCGAAUCCAACAUGGGAUGAGCUGCCACAGUCCUCACCAAAUCCCCUGCAAGGCCAACAAACGUCGCCUGUCGCCCCGCGGAGCGCGCCAGCGGCCUUGGCUAGGAGACCGCCGAGCUCUGAAGACGAUGAAGACAAGGAAAUUGCGGUAGGCGGCAGGCGGCCAUCAGCGGUCAGAAUGGCACACUUUGCCGAAGACAAGAUCGACGAAGAGCCAGCAGGCGAGCAAGAGCCGGGGCGGAAGAUGUCGGCUCGAAUUUCGCGAUUCGACGAUAUUGAAAUGGACAUGAGCCAAGCCUCUGAGGCUCGGUUCUCAUACCUCGAGCAAGAGGAUAAAUUACACAAGAGCGCUUCUGGGGGCCCGUCACACCUCCAGAAGGACAUGCUUCCACCAGCAGCAAUUGCUGCCCAAGCCCAAUUUGCCCAAUACCGUAUGGACAGCGGUCCGCCACGACGGCCGUCAGUGUCCAUCUGGAAAAAGACUCACAGGGCCAGAAGCUCUACAUUAUCAGCAUUAUCAUUCAAGAUGCCGGGGACUCGGGAGCUACAGUCCCGAGACUUUCCGGUGAACCCGGGUAUCAACCAAGUCGACAGCAGAAAGAGCGCGCCGCAGAACGUGACCGCGACAAUGAUGAGCGACUUCCCGAUCCGUACACAGACGAGGAAAGUCGAGCGCGAGAUCAAGCGCAUGAUGCUCCUCAACGCCUACCCGGUCAUGUACGUGGUGCUCUGGAUCCCUGGUCUCGUCAACAGAUUGAUGGAGGCGUCUGGGAACGGCUCGCAGAGUCGUGUUUUGGCGGCGCUGCAGAGCUCUAGCCAGUUUAUCGGCCUUGCAAAUGCGGUCACCUAUGGCUUCAAUCAGCAUGUGAGGCAUAGAAUAAAGGGCGAUUUAUUUACAUGGCUACGUCGAAAAUGA